AACAUGUACAAACUCAAACCACGCGUUGCCUUCCGUAGAUCGAGUAUCAACCCUUGAGGAACAGCUGGCUCAGGAGCGAACCAUUCGGGCAGAACUGGAGGGGAGGUUCAAUGGUCUCCAGGAAGAGUUGGCACAUGUGCAGAACACAUCGGCCCAGCAGAAUGGCCUUUCGGGAAAACUGAAAAACGACCUGUGCAGCGCAACACCCAAGCUGGGGCGGCUUUUCCAGGUCAAGUCACCGGCCGGUGACUACAAGUACGACUUAGAUGAGGCAAGGCACGCAUGCGCAGAGCAGGAUGCAACCCUCGCCUCCUAUGACCAGCUGUACCAGGCCUGGAAGGACGGGUUGGGUUACUGCUUAUGCGGGUGGCUGUCGGACGAGACUGCCCGGUAUCCAACGCAAAUUCCCUCGCCAGGCUGUGGCGUAGUUGGCAUCAAUGACUGCGGCUGGCUCACCCAGUACAACGCCUGGUGCUUCCGUGCGCUCAGCUUCUGUGACUGACACAACAUCACUGUCAUGCCAAGUGGUUUCAAAUGUGAUGACGAUGACAUUGUAACUACGGUUUCAGUAACUUACACCGUGAUUAUAGCUUCGAUAACUGCAAGCUAACUGCAUUGAUCAGUAAUACUUCUUCUCACCUUCUCACCCGGCCGCCUGUAUGUAAUACUGUACCUGAUAUAAUCUCGGCUGUUGGUUGGAUCAAUACGUCUCACAAUUGUAUUGGAAACUCCCGGAUCGAAAAAAUAAAGAGCAUCGUGCUUCUCAAGGUAUUUCUUGUCUUGUUUUGAAAGUAUGAUUUUCUACUAGGCACUCACUAGACCAGAUACGAUACAAGCUAUUUUAUGUUUGAACUUUUGUACCUAUUUUGCCUUCUUUAAAAGAGAACUUAAUUGGAUAGGAGUUUUUCUUUUAAUUUGCGGAGAGGAUGUCGGACUCGG